AUGUCAGAAGUACUUCCAGUCGAUUCCGGCGUGGACGCCCUGGCAGUGUUUAUGGCCAGCAGCAGCACGACGGACGUUGUGAACCGCAACAGCCCUGCCACCCCACCCAACACCCUCAACCUGCGCUCCUCUCACAACGAGCUGCUGAAUGCAGAGAUCAGGCACACGGAGACCAAGAACAGCACUCCCCCAAAAUGCAGGAAAAAAUACGCCCUGACUAACAUCCAGACCGCCAUGGGGCUUUCCGACCCGGCGGCACAGCCCCUUCUGGGCAACAGCUCUGCAAAUAUAAAGCUGGUGAAGAAUGGAGAAAACCAGCUCAGGAAAGCGGCUGAGCAGGGACAGCAGGAUCCCAACAAAAACCUCAGUACCACUGCGGGCAUAAACGUAACUUCUGAGAAGUUUGAAGGCAAAGAGCCGAUCCCACAGGAUUCCUCUGGCUGUGAAAUAUUGCCCUCACAGCCAAGGAGGACCAAGAGCUUCCUGAAUUACUAUGCGGAUCUAGAGACAUCUGCUAGAGAGCUAGAGCAGAGUUUUGUUGCCAUGGAAGAUAAAUCUGCACAAAGCAACAGCCAGGCUUCUACUGUUAUUGUCAAUGGGGACGUCCUGCCCCGGAAACAAAACAUACUGUCGAGCCCAGAGGAUGGCCAAGUUGCCACAGUGUCAUCAAGCCCAGAGACUAAGAAAGACCACCCAAAAACUGGGGCCAAAACAGAUUGUGCCCUCCAUAGGAUUCAAAACCUGGCCCCAAGCGAUGAGGACUCCAGCUGGACUACACUGUCCCAGGACAGCGCCUCGCUGAGCUCGCCCGACGAAACAGCAGAUAUAUGGAGUGACCAUUCAUUUCAGACAGACCCAGAUCUACCACCUGGCUGGAAAAAAAUCAAUGACAUUGCUGGAAUCUAUUACUGGCACAUACCAACAGGAACAACUCAAUGGCAGCGUCCUGUGUCCAUCCCAACAGAUCUCCAGGGCUCACGGAAAGGAUCACUUGGUUCCAUUACCCCAUCUCCUACUCCAGAAACCGAGAAACAGCCAUGGAGUGAUUUUGCUGUACUGAAUGGGGGAAAGAUUAAUAGUGACAUUUGGAAGGAUCUGCAUGCAGCCACUGUGAACCCAGACCCAAGUCUGAAAGAGUUUGAAGGAGCAACGUUACGCUAUGCCUCUUUGAAGCUCAGAAAUGGUCCACAAUCUGAUGAUGAUGAUUCUUGUAGCAUCAACAGUGAUCCAGAAUCCAAGUGCUUUGCUGUGCGGUCUCUGGGCUGGGUGGAAAUGGCAGAAGAAGACCUUGCUCCUGGAAAAAGCAGUGUUGCUGUGAACAAUUGCAUCAGACAACUCUCUUACUGUAAAAAUGACAUCAGAGACACCGUCGGCAUUUGGGGAGAGGGCAAGGACAUGUACCUUAUCCUGGAGAAUGACAUGCUGAACCUGAUUGACCCCAUGGACCGCACGGUUCUGCACUCCCAGCCCAUCGUGAGCAUCAGAGUCUGGGGCGUGGGGCGUGACAACGGCCGAGAGAGAGACUUCGCUUAUGUGGCAAGGGACAAGGACACCAGGAUCCUGAAAUGCCACGUGUUCCGCUGUGACACGCCUGCCAAAGCCAUCGCCACCAGCCUGCACGAGAUCUGCUCAAAGAUUAUGGCUGAACGGAAGAAUGCUAAAGCUAUGGCUUGCAGCUCCCUGCAGGACAGGACGAGUGUCACCCUGGAUGUUCCUCUGCAAGUAGAUUUCCCAACACCAAAGACAGAACUGGUCCAGAAGUUCCACGUCCAGUACCUGGGCAUGCUGCCUGUGGCCAAACCUGUGGGAAUGGAUACUCUGAACAGUGCCAUUGAAAGCCUGAUGACUUCCUCUUCCAAAGAAGACUGGAUGCCAGUUACCAUGAAUGUUGCUGAUGCUACUGUCACAGUCAUCAAUGAAAGGAACGAAGAGGAGGUCUUGGUGGAGUGCCGCGUGCGGUUCCUGUCCUUCAUGGGCGUGGGCAAGGACGUCCACACCUUUGCCUUCAUCAUGGAUACCGGGAACCAGCAUUUCGAGUGCCACGUCUUUUGGUGUGAACCAAACGCAGGCAACGUCUCAGAAGCUGUUCAGGCUGCUUGUAUGUUACGGUAUCAGAAGUGCUUGGUGGCCAGACCUCCUUCCCAGAAAGUCCGACCGCCCCCGCCUCCUGCAGACUCGGUGACCAGAAGAGUUACAACCAACGUCAAACGAGGAGUGCUGUCCCUCAUUGACACUUUGAAACAGAAGCGCCCGGUCACCGAGAUGCCCUAG